AUGUGGGCGUGGCUCACAGGCUCAUCUACACCUGAAAGCUUCUCUCCAUCUCUUAAUAGAACACCAUCAAACAGUCAGCUAUUGACUCCUGGACUGUUUCAUUUAUUAAAUAAAGGAGUAAGGACCCUACACACUGGAUAUAUAUACUCCAGUAGUUCUGAAUCAAGUGAUAGAUCAGAUGAUCCUAAGACUAAUGAUGAUGAAGGGUCUCUGGAUGAGGUUGAUUUGGGUUCUCUCUCUCUCUCUCGUGCUAUUGCCACCAUAUCAAUACCUGAUACUCUACCUGAGGUACCUCUCCUGGUACUCAAUAGGAACCCAAUGUUCCCACGGUUUGUCAAAAUGGUGGAGAGAGUCAUUGGCUCAGAUCAUUGAGGCUGGUAAAAGAGUUAUAGAUGAUCCUACACAUCUUGCUGGUUUUAGAGCUGCACUGACCAGUGGAGAAUCACA